AUAAAAAUCUUUUACAAGAGAAAAAAUCGGUAAAAGAUAAUUUAGGAAAAAAAAUAGAAUAAAACAAUGAGAAAAAUAAGAAGAGAAUUUGGAUCCGCUCCUGUGUCUGUCUUGUCCUAAAUAAGCAAACGCUUCACUAAUAAGCUCUAGCGCCCAAAAAAAUCCCAAUUCUGUUUUUUUUUUUUUUUUUUUUUUUAUUUAGGAAAAGACGAAUUAAGCGGAGAAAUCAAUUAUCAAGAAAGGCACAGACUUCUCUAGAGCAAAAAAAAUCUUGUGCGUUUUUGUUAGGUGGGUGGUUUGUGCUUUUGGAUUCCCUCUUACCACCUUUUCUGCAACAGUCAAAGGAUCCUGUUUCUUUGAGAUUGAGAAACUGCUGUGAGCACUCAAUGUGCUGGUAGAGCAUUCAUGGAUGCAGCAAAAAGUUUGUUCUUGUAACUUCAGGGUAUGGACUACAAGUUACAUGCGGUAGGAAUUCAAUCCCAACUUGAAAUGGGAUCAAUAACUGAGAACGGAUCUGUGCAUGAGUUUGAGGAUGAGAGUCUUUUCUCCCCUGAGUUGGGAACCCAGAAGAUGCAACCUAAUCAUAUAGCUGAAUAUGGAUCUGUAUCUGGUGGUUUUCCACCUGGUGGUAGUAAGAGGUGGAGGAAUGGUGUAUAUAGGAGUAUAAAAACUGUAGUUUUUUCAAAUAAACUAAACUUGCUUAUGCCCUUUGGGCCUCUUGCAAUCCUUGUACACAUAUCGUCCGGGCAUAAUGGAUGGGUCUUCUUUCUUAGUUUAUUGGGUAUAACACCUUUGGCUGAGCGUUUAGGUUAUGCUACAGAGCAAUUGGCUUUUUACACGGGGGCUACAGUUGGUGGUCUUCUUAAUGCUACAUUUGGAAAUGCAACAGAACUGAUUAUUGCAAUUUAUGCACUAAGAAGUCGGAUGAUACGUGUUGUUCAGUUGUCUUUACUAGGCUCUAUUUUGUCAAACAUGUUGCUGGUUCUUGGUUGUGCAUUCUUCUGUGGCGGACUUGUGUUUUAUCGGAAGGAACAGGUCUUUAACAAGGCAACUGCUGUUGUGAAUUCGGGAUUGCUGUUGAUGGCUGUCAUGGGGCUGCUUUUUCCUGCAGUCUUGCACUAUACUCACACAGAGGUGCAUUAUGGAAAGUCAGAAUUGGCUCUUUCAAGAUUUAGCAGUUGUGUUAUGCUUGUGGUAUAUGCUGCUUAUCUUUUCUUCCAGCUAAGGGGUCAAACAGAUUUAUAUGUUCCCCUUUCAGAGGAAGUGAGUCAGAAUGGGGAGGGUGCAGAUGACGGUGAUGAAGAAACACCGGAGAUCUCUAAAUGGGAAUCACUCAUUUGGCUUGGAAUAAUGACAGCUUGGAUCUCUAUUCUAUCAGAAUAUUUAGUUGAUGCCAUAGAGGGAACAUCUCAAGCAUGGAACAUACCAAUUUCGUUUAUUGGUGUUAUCCUGCUUCCAAUUGUGGGGAAUGCUGCAGAGCAUGCAAGUGCUAUCAUGUUUGCAAUGAAAGACAAGCUUGAUAUAUCAUUGGGGGUGGCAAUAGGUUCAUCAACACAGAUAUCUAUGUUUGCAAUUCCUUUCUGUGUUGUUGUUGGGUGGAUAAUGGGGCAGCCUAUGGACUUGAACUUUCAACUUUUUGAAACAGCAACUCUUUUCAUAACAGUCAUAGUUGUAGCCUUCUUUCUUCAGGAAGGAACCUCUAAUUACUUCAAAGGACUAAUGCUCAUUCUUUGUUAUGUAAUUGUUGCUGCAAGUUUCUUCGUGCAUGAAGAUCCUAUCCAAACAGACGGCAAUGAUCCGAAACCAUAGUCAUGGUCGCAGCUACUUCAUCACCAAAAAUCGGUUCUUCAUGUUCGGUGUGUGUAUAUAUCAUCGCGCAUAUGCCAGUGCUUGUUCAGAUAAAGUUAUUGAACAAGUGUGUUGCCCAAACGUUUUUUUCUUUUUUUGUUUCUCUCUCUUCUGGUGCCCCUGUUGUUAUGCUCAGUGUUUACUUAGAUGACAAGUUAAAAUGUCAAUAUUGUAGAAAAUUUGAAGUAAAAAAAAAAAAGAAGAAAUUUUUGUAGUGCAACUGUUUUUAUUUUUUUAUAUAUAAUUCUGAGCAGUCUGAAUGAAUAAUAGUUAAUUGAUUUUAAUUUAGGGGACUGCUGCAUAAAACUGUCGAUCCAUUUGUCCUGAAAGCAAAUGAGAAAUUGUUGUAAUCUCCUCUUCUUCUUCUCUUUGCCAUAUUACUCCAGCAUUCUUAAUAAAGAGCAAAUUUACACUGUUUAA